AUGCUCCGCCUCCGGGGCUGCAUCCUCCCCCGCCUCCUCUCACCUCCCGCCACCCCCCUCCACCGCCUCCUCUCCGCGGCCGUUUCUCCGAGCCCUCCUAGCUUUGCCGUGGAGGAGUACCUCGUCGCCACCUGUGGCCUCACCCCAGCGCAGGCCCGCAAGGCCUCCCCCAAGCUCUCCCACCUCAAGUCCCCAGCCAACCCCGACGCCGUCCUCGCCUUCCUCGCCGGCCUUGGCCUCUCCGGCGCCGACCUCGCCACCGCCAUCCGCAAGGAUCCCAGGUUGCUCUGCGCGGGCGUGGAGACAACCCUGGCCCCCAAUGUCGCGGAGCUCACCGGCCUGGGUCUCUCGCGUUCUGAGAUCGCGCGCCUCGUCUCGAUCACCGGCACCAGUUUCCGCUGCAAAUCCAUCGUCUCUGGACUGCACUACUGCUUGCCCCUCUUCGGCUCCUCAGAGAACCUCCUUCGGGCCCUAAAGAGUGGCUCCAUUCUCUCGUCCGACCUCGAGCGAGUGGUCAAGCCCAAUGUCGCCUUCCUGCGGGAGUGUGGCCUGGCUACUUGUGAUAUUGCCAGGCUCUGCAUACCUAUGCCAUCGCUGCUCAGCAUCAGCACGGAACGCAUCCAGACAGCAGUGGCGUGCGUCGAAGGUCUUGGUGUACCCCGUGGAUCUCCAAUGUUCAGACAUGCACUACAAGCUGUUGCAUUCCUCAGCCAGGAGAAAAUCACCGCCAAAGUGGAGCACUUGAAGAAAGCGUUCAGGUGGUCGGAUGCCGAGGUGGGUAUUGCCGUUUCUAAGGCUCCAACGUUGCUGACGAGGACCAAGGAGUCGCUGCAGCGCAGGUCUGAGUUCCUCAUCUAUGAGGUGUGGUUGGAACCGGCAUAUAUUGCUUAUCGUCCGGCAAUGCUCACUUACAGCUUGGAGGGCCGGCUCAGGCCCCGGUACUACGUCGUCAGAUUUCUCAAGGAAAAUGGAUUGCUAGAUCACGACCGGGACUACUAUGCUGCAGUCAUGAUCAGCGAGAAGGUAUUCGUCCAGAAGUUUAUAUGCCCUCAUAAGGAUGCUGCACCGCAUCUCGCUCAAGAUUAUGCAACAGCUUGCAGAGGGGAGGUUCCAGCUAGAUUCAGUUUUACAUGAACCAAGACUAAUAAGAAAAUUGGUAUGUUCAUUAUGUCAUUCAGUAGAGAAGAAACCAUCACACUGCUGUGAAAUGGCCAUUUCAGUUUUGAAUGCAAUCCUCAAUCAAUAUUUCCAUGAAAGAAUGGUCUCAUUUUGGCCAUAAAGAUGAUAUGAAGUCUCUACUUUUCUUUGGAUGGAAAUUUUGAACCUCUUUUUCCUUGGGAAACAAUUUUGGAUUUGUUGAUGUGCUGAUCACUGUUGA